AUGGCUCCCAGAGAUACCCGCCCUUCCAAGGCAUUCGUAAACAUUCCUAGCCAACCCCCCUCGCGGCUUUACACCCAUGCCGCCACGAUUGAUGGCUCACACCGGUUGGUGUUUACGGCAGGCCAUUGGGGUAUGAAGGACGAAAAAUUCGCCCAGUCGCUUAAGCAGCAAGUAGAAGACUCACUUCAAAGCCUGGAGGAGUCACUUCGUGCGGCUGGUGCCACUACACAAGACAUUGUGAAACUCACCUUCUACGUGGUUGGGUGGCCAUGGACUGAGACAGAGGCCCUUGUUGAGCCCUGGAUGAAGUUACUCGCCGACAAGAAUGGGAAUAAUCACAAACCACCUUCAGUUGUGGUGCCUGUGCCGAAGCUGGCUCACCCGGACGCAAAGUUUGAAGUCGACGCAAUUGCUGCUGUUGGCGGAUCAUCUCAGCCGUUCGAUUAUUCUCUGCGCAAAGCUAUACUGCCGAAACAAAUCUCUGAGGUAGAUGUAGUUGUGGUUGGCGCUGGGUUCAGUGGCACACAGGCCGCCCACGACCUUUCCACGGCCGGCCUCAACGUUGCGCUUUUGGAAGCCACUCAUCGUGUAGGUGGACGAAGCAAAACAAUCCAGUUGGCUAGCGGACCGGGUCGAGUCGAACUCGGCGCAACGUGGAUCAACCAGUACACGCAACCCAAGAUCUAUGCCACUGCUAAAAGGCUGGGUCUUACUAUGAUACAGCAGUACUUGGACGGACAGGGAGUUUUGCAAACGCUGGACGGCAAAGUAUAUCGAUUCGGCAGCGGGGAUAAAGUUGGUAGCAGUUUAGGGCUUUCUGAAGCCGACGCCCAAUCUUUUGCUGCGUUGAUUGACGCAAUAGAUACGCACACGACGAAGAACACACAAAUCGAUAUCAACAAUACGGCUAGGUUCCGUACAGAAAACGAUGUUUCUGCGCUGGAGUGGACUAAGCAGAACAAUCUCGGGACCUUUGCUUUGCAAACUAUCCGGAGCAUCACAAUUGCCAUGGUUGGCCGGGAGCCUGACGAAGUUGGUAUUCACUACUUGCUGGACUAUAUUAAGUCUGGGGGUGGGUUUACAAGCUUGUCCACUGAUGAUAGUGGAGGUUCGCAACAGCUCUUUAUUCGUGAGGGAACGUCAGCUAUAGCUCACGGGCUCGCCGCUGAACUCAAGCCAGGUUCAGUAAUUGUCAACUGCCCUGUUGAUGAGAUCGACCAGCAUGGCUCCAAGGUAGUUGUAACAACCGCCACCGGAUUCAAGUUCAUGGCCAAAAAGGUAGUCGUUGCCAUCCCGACGAACACGUAUGGAAAGAUUCACUUUACACCCCCAUUGCCAGAUGCCAAGCGUGCGCUUGCAACUGAAACAAAACCCGGAGUCUAUGCCAAAGUUCUCUUGACGUACGCAAAGCCUUGGUGGAGGGAUAUUGGUCUGCUAGGCAAGUUCAGAAGUCAGAUAGGACCGAUUUGCUUCUCCUGGGAGGUCUCAAAUUUUGAAGAUCGAGCCUUCACUCUGGCUCUCUUCCUGGGCGGCGAUCGGGCCGCUAAAUGGUAUGCCUUGUCGCCCCUUAAGCGUCAACACGCCGUCAUCAAUCAUUUAGCAGAGCUUGUUGGUGAAGAAAAUCGCCAUCUGGCACUAGAUGUGCUGGAAUACAAUGCUGGGGAGUGGGUGGAGGAAGAAUGGAUUGGCGGAGGUCCAACGUCAGCUAUACCUCCUGGACUACUCUCAAAGUAUGGUGAAGAUCUUCGGGCUCCGUUCAAAAAUGUUCAUUUUGCUGGCGGUGAAACUGCGAGAGAGUGGAAAGGGUAUCUUGAGGGUGCUCUUCGUGCUGGCAGUCGUGCUGCAGAGGAGGUGCUGGUUGAGUUUGGCAUCAAGAACGGAAGCACCAAAUUAUAG